AUGGAAAUGAAAUUUUAUUUCUGCUCCGUGAGAGAGAGAACCGAACAUUUCACUGUUCCAGAAAAACAAACCGAGAAAAAGUUUGGGAACCAGGUGUCACAUUUACACAUCCUCUCUCUCUCUCUCUCUCUCUCUCUCUCUCUCUCUCUCUCUCUCUCUCUCUCUCUCUCUCUCAGUGUGUGUGUGUGUGCCUCUGUUGUGUCCUUAUUUAAAAGCCCCCUUCCUUGUUUCCUCCUCUUGCUGUUAUGUAACUUGGUGAUUUGUUGGAUCCUGCACCCCGUGGAGCUUGAGGGCCACGGUCCUCCGAGUCAAGCGGGCACUGAGCGGUCGCCUGGCGACAACAGCCGACAGGUUGUCGUGGCAACCUUGGUGUGA